AUGUCUUCUCCAAGAGUCUUCGUUUGUGGUGCCACUGGCACCCAGGGAGGUGCUCUCGUCAAAUAUCUAGUUAAGCACGGGAUAGGAGUCCAUGCCAUCACUAGGAAUAUCGACUCGGUGAUCAGCAAAACGCUUCAAUUAUCCGGAGUCCACCUCACAGAAGGUGACUUUAACGACGAACAAACUCUUGGGGAAACCAUGUCUAGCUGCACCGCGCUUUUCCUCAACGUGUGCCCCACCCACAACAAUCCAACCGAGGAGCUCGAACAAGCCAAGCGAAUGAUUUCUAUUGCCAAAAGGAGUGGUAUUGAACAUAUUAUUUAUACCAGUAUUCUGAGUGCCACGAACACCCAGAAAAUGCCGUACUGGAAUCCUGAUAGUGUUAUGGGCAAGAUGAUUUCAAUCAAAGAAUCUAUCGAGAAUGAAGUUCGACGAGCAGAUUUCCAAGGGUGGAAAAUUGUACGUCCAGGCAAUUUCAUGUCCAAUUAUCUUGAUCCCGUGGUCAGGAUGUAUCCAGGGCUGGUCGAAACUGGAGAAUUCAGGACGGCUCUUUCACGCGACACCGUAAUCCAUAUGGUGGACCCUGAAGACAUCGGGAAGAUGGCCGCGGCCGCUAUCAUGAAUCCUACCAAGUUUCAUGGCAAGAAUAUUGAAGUCGCGUCAGAGGUCAAGCGACUUGAGGAAGUAAUGUAUGACCUGUCAACUGCCACCGGGAGAGAUUUGAAAGCAAACUUCUUGUCCGAGAAAGAAAUUAGGGAGCAGAUCACAGAAAACCCAUUUCUCAACGCGCAGCUACUUCUGUGUGACAUGCCACAACUUAUCAAGCCUGAGAAAGUAGAGUGUUGGGGUAUUAAUUUGGGAACAUUUGCGAGAUUCCUUCAACGCGAAAAGUUAUGGGUCGCAAGAACCUAUCUGGAACUAGGAGUUUGA